CCGGCACCGCGGCUCGAAGAGAAAAGUCUUAGGAUCCGCGACUAGAUUUGUGCUAGUAACCCCUCUAACCCAUCCUGAACCGACAAAAACGAUGCUCCUAGUGGGGCGACUUUGAGAUUUCCGGGUCGCACCCCUCCGACCCCGCAACCCAAGACAACACACCCCUUACGGGUCUGGGGGCGCUUUCUCAAUGCCCAAGGAAGCGGGGGAGCUGUGCUCGCUCGGGGAAGGCCCAGGGUAUCCCUAUGUAGGUUUGACGGUCUGUAUAGGGCCCUCUAACGCCCCUUCCCCACGCCCAAUCCCCUUUUAAGUCGGGCUAGAGAAGGGAUGUGCUGGGCUUCCUGGGGCUCAUAGAAAGGGGUCGUGUAGGAGAAGGUGUCCCCCUUCCGACCCAGUUGAGUAGCGGGCGACUUCCUUUGAUUGCUGCUCGGACAUCUUGGCUGGGGCGGUGAAAGUUGUCAUAAACUUGGGGGCCAAGCAUCUCCUUCCAAAGUCCCCAAUCCUCUACCCUUUGGAGUGGUAUCACGGUGCCGUUGGUGAGGCUAAGAGACUUGCGCUAGGUCACAGAAUCCAAGUGGCAGAAUGGAAGUUUCAUGCAGGCUCCUGGGAAAGCUGGUGCUGCUGCUGCUGCCUGAUUCCUGCCGACCGAUCUUGGGACCGGGGCCCGCGCUGGCGGCUGGAGAUGGCGGACACUAGAUCGGUCCAUGAAACCAGGUUUGAGGCGGCCGUGAAGGUGAUCCAGAGUUUGCCGAAAAAUGGUUCAUUCCAGCCAACAAAUGAAAUGAUGCUCAAGUUCUAUAGCUUCUAUAAACAGGCAACUGAAGGACCCUGUAAGCUUUCAAGACCUGGAUUCUGGGAUCCUAUUGGAAGAUAUAAAUGGGAUGCUUGGAGUUCUUUGGGUGAUAUGACCAAGGAAGAAGCCAUGAUUGCAUAUGUUGAAGAAAUGAAAAAGAUUCUUGAAACUAUGCCAAUGACUGAAAAAGUUGAAGAAUUGCUACAUGUCAUAGGUCCAUUUUAUGAAAUUGUAGAAGACAAACAGAGUGGAAGGAGUUCUGAUUUAACCUCAGUCCGACUGGAGAAAAUCUCUAAAUAUUUAGAAGAUCUUGGUAAUGUUCUAACUUCUACUCCAAAUGCUAAGACUGUUAAUGGUAAAGCUGAAAGCAGUGAUAGUGGAGCAGAGUCCGAGGAAGAAGAGGCCCAAGAAGUAAAAGGAGCAGAACAAAUGGAUAAUGCUAAGCAGAUGAUGAAGAAAUCAGACUAUAAGAAUUUGGAGAUUAUUAUCACGAAUGGCUAUGAUAAAGACAGCUUUGUUCAGGAGAUACAAAAUGACAUUCAUGCUAACUCUUCUCCAAGUGACCAAAGUGCUGAUGACGUAAAACCUGUUGAUAAAAACUUGGAGCAAACUGAAAAAAUUGCUGCCUGCAUUCACCAAGAUAUAAAUGAUGAUCAUGUUGAAGAUGUUUCAGGAAUUCAGCAUUUGACAAGUGAUUCAGAUAGUGAAGUUUACUGUGAUUCUAUGGAGCAAUUUGGACAAGAAGAGUCUUUAGACAGUUUUACAUCAAACAAUGGACCAUUUCAAUAUUACUUGGGUAGUGAUUGCAAUCAGCCCUUGGAAAAUUCUGGUUUUCCUGAAGAUGUCCAAGUAUCUCCUGGAAGUGGCAACAUUGGAAAUAUGCAGGUGGUAACAGUUGAAGGAAAAGGUGAAGUAAAGCAUGGAGGAGAAGAUGGCAGAAAUAACAGUGGAGCACCACACCGUGAGAAGCGAGGCGGAGAAAAUGAGGAAUUCUCUAAUGUCAGAAGAGGGAGAGGACAUAGGAUGCCACAUUGGAGCGAAGGAACCAAAGGUGGGCAAGUGGGAAGUGGAGGUGAUGGAGAACGCUGGGGCUCAGACAGAGGAUCACGAGGCAGCCUCAAUGAGCAGAUUGCUCUAGUGCUCAUGAGAUUGCAGGAGGACAUGCAGAAUGUCCUUCAGAGACUUCAAAAACUGGAAACACUAACUGCUUCGCAGGCAAAAUCAUCAACAUUGCAGACUAGUACUCAACCUUCCUCACAAAGACCAUCUUGGUGGCCCUUUGAGAUGUCUCCUGGUGCAUUAACUUUUGCUAUUAUAUGGCCUUUUAUUGCCCAGUGGUUGGUGCAUUUGUAUUAUCAAAGAAGGAGAAGAAAACUGAAUUGAAGAAAAUGAUAUUUUACUUAAGAAGACUGCUGGGCCUGGAUGACCUCAGAAUGAAAUGGAUUGUGGAGUUCACAAGAAAAUCUUAAUUUGUGAUGAUUACAUUUCUUUUUUGUUGUCCAGUAGUUUGGUUUGUGUACAUAUAUACACACAUAUUUUUUGCACUACACAAAUGAUAACAUUUUAAGGACUAAUAGUGCUGAUACUUGAAUAAUCAAUCUAAACUAGGUUAUAAGUAACAUAUAUUGUACCCUACUCUUGAACUUGAAGGACAUUAAAUUAUUGUUUGGUAACAUUUACCUGAUUAUCUUCCAUAGAGAAAUAUAAGCUGCUUCCCAAGGUACAGGUCUGAUAAUGAGAUCGAUUUAUAUAAGUGGGUAUUUUUCAUUUUCUAAGUUAAAUAUGAGAAAGAAUGUAAACCAAGAAUGAGUUUCAAAUGAGGGUAAAUGGAUUUUAUAUUAGUCACUGAAUUGUCAUGCCAAGUAGUGGAAACUGUUGGAAGAAUCUUCUCCACAUUCACUUUGUGGGCUGCACAUAUUUCUUGAGUAGUCACAUCUCAGAGUUAAUGUCAGGCAUCAUUAUUAAAAAUUAUAUCCCUUUGUACUAGACUUAGUUUUUACAAAUGAGUUACAGAUAGACAUAACAUGAUGAUGGAAAUUAUGAAAAAUGGGCUUAAUGUAAUAGAUUUAAAAGUUUAUUCUGAGCCUACAGAUAUAACCUAUAAGAUUUUAAUUCAAUCUAUACAUAUAUUCCUUUCUAAUUAUUUUUCUUUGAGGAUAUCUAGUGUAUGCUUCAUAGGGUGCUUUGAAAUAUAAAAUGAAAACUUAUUUAUACUGUUUUUACAAAGGUAAAAAAGGAAACACAUUAAUAUCACUUUUCUGCAACUGGUAAACUAUACAGACUGGACUCUUUAACCUCUUAGUGCCUCAGUUUUUCCUUGGGGGUAUAAUAUUUGGAUAUACAUACUUCAUUAGGGGUAUUGGAAGGUUUUGCAAGCUAACAGGCCAUAUGCUUUUAUAUGAAUAGGCAUGCUCAACCAAUGAAAAUUUAAGUCCCUCUAUCCGACAUCUCACCUUUUAGACUAAAAGGAAGACUGUAAUUUAGAUCCUUGAAGAUUUGGAAAAUCAUUCUUCCUGUAUACCUUACAAAACUCUACAUUUAGUUAGAUGUACUUUGUGCUUUAAAGAUUUCUAUGAAUCAGAGACUUUGUAACAGAUAAUUUUGAAGAAUUCUGUAUUGCAAGAUGUUGGGAUUAGCAUGUGUUCAGAGUGUUUUUAAUAAGAGGGAAGAAAUUAGUCCAACUUUAAUAUACAGAGUGGUUCUUUAUUUGCCUGAAGAAAAAGUAUGAGAAUACAAUUUGCUUUUCCCAAACUCAUGUUCUUAUUUCUUCUUUCAUAUAACUUCAUGUUUUUUUAGUUUUUAAUCCAUCUAGAUUUAAACAUGUCUAAAAGGAUCUACCUUUGCUUAAAAAUGACAAAAAAGAAACAACCUAUCCUCUACUUAUUUAGAAAAAAAUGGAGAAAGUAACUGAAUUAUAUGUAGAAAUAAAGUUUAAACUUGUGGAUCAGGGAUUAUUUUAAAAAAUUAGAUAUCAAGUAUGAAAUCAGAAAAUGGUGGCUUUUCUCUUAGUAUUUAAAUAAAUAAAAUGCAAAUUAAGAAAGUAGGAAAUUGAGAUUCAUUACAAGCAGUCAGGGGUAAUUAACUGCUAGGGAUAACCAUUUGUAUCUUAUUCCAAAGUCUUUAUUUUAUAGUAUGAAAAGCACUUUGCACACAAUUAUUGUAUAUAAAUUAAUGAUGUAAUUAUAGGGUAUAGUGUUAUUGCUUUGUUUAAUAAGAAUCUCAUUUAAAAUUGACAGCUAUGGUAUUUUUUUAAUGAUCAACUUAUUUUCUGUUUCUUUAUUGUAAAUUAAGUUAAAAUAAAAGGUUAAUGAGAAA